AUGGUUGCAAAAGGAUUCAUUUCUUCUUUCUGCUGUUUUGCUCUCCUUGCAUUCAUAGCCAAGUCAGUAGACGCAACUGUAAGUGUACUGUCGUUGUUCCCCUUUUUGUAGAUUGUCUUAAUUGCUUUGAAGGUGCGUUGUCCGUUACUCAAGUCGGAACCUAAUGGCCUGAUAGAUGGUUAGAUCUUUUACUACAGUGGAACCUCGAUAUAACGAAGGGCCAAGGGACUUGCGAAAUGUGUUAUCGAAAACGAGGUUUCGCUCGAUAUAAGGAACUUCUACAGAGAGAAGUCCUCGGUAUAACGAACGGUUUUCCUUACCCCAGUAAUAGUAAAAUAUAAGAAAAAGAACCUCGCUAUAACGGAACUUUAGAUUGUGGCGAACACAUUUUGUCAGUCUCUUGGCCAUUCGUUAUAUCGACAGGUUCCACUGUAUUGAGGUUCUUUUUCAUAUAUUUUACUAUUACUGGGAUAAGGAAAAUCGUUCGUUAUAUCGAGGACUUCGUUAUGUAGAGGUUCGUUAUAUCGAGCUUCCAUUGCAACUUAAGCAUUAAGCAUAUGUUACCCAGGAACAGUCUAUCUUUUCUGGCAGAGGAAAGGGUGGGCCGCUGUUUAAUCCAAAUGAAAUGCAAACGUUUUUUCUUUUCUGUACUUUUUGUCAGUUUUAAGCUCAUUAUACAUUACGUAGAUAGAUAAACGAUUGAUUGGUUGAUAACUAAAGCUUGUGUCCGGUUUAAUAAUAGAGGAUAUGGGGUUCGCUUAAUUCAGAGUUUACUGUAUCUGCGACUUCCACGCUUCCCAUAAUACAACUUGGUUUUCCCACAAAAUUUUGUAUAAGUUUUGUUUUCAGUUUUUCAAGGGCGUGAUUGUUACUCCCAAGCUACUGGAGAAAUUGAAAGUAGUUCUUGGCAAAAUCUUGUGGGGAAAACAGAUUGUAUUAAAGGGAAUGUGAAAAUCACAUAUGAAGAAAACGAUGAACGGAUUUCUCGUGUACAUUAUUGCGUCUCGUGUCAACGUCAGCGCCUUGACGUACAAUGAAGAAAAUUAAUCUUUAAAAAUUCAGACCUCCUAACACUGAAUCAUUUCAAACAUUUUUCUUCAGGAAUGUGAGUUGCCAUCAGGCGAGGUUUAUCAGCCAGGCGAGUAUUUUGUUAUGGGUUGCCACUCAUCCUGUACUUGUGUAGGGCCCUUUUAUGGGUGCAAGUUGCUGUGUACCCAGGAACGGUGUCCUCCUGGCUCCGAACCAAUCUACGAGGACAGAGAGGUUUCAGGAACUAACUGCACUUGCAAAAGUAAGCGAUCGUUUCUGGUUCUCAAAAAAAAUGUUUUAACCCGAUUGCAUGGCCAUUUUAGAGUGCAAGUAGUCUGUUUUUACAGUAAUAGGUUGAGAGAGCAGUAUGUUAUGACGCGAAAAUGGGAAGGAGGCAGGAAAUGAGCAAAAAGGCAGAUAAGCGUAUAGGUGCCUCUUCUCUCGUUUGCCUCGUUGCUUCCUCGUGCGCAAUGUUCAUCCUUGCGACAUAUUCCGAGUGCCGCAGGAAAGGCUAAUUCUCUUUUUACUUUAACAACAGAGUUUGGAAACACAUUUUUCGUGGCCGUUGUAGCCAGUUAAGGUGAAGCUGAACCUGAAAUGGAAUUGAAAUACAAAAUGAAACUCUUGUAGUAGGAAACUUGGUCUCUACAAUGAACUGAACUGUUUCACUCUUCAAAUGUUGGUUCACUGUGUUAACACAGCUUUUCACAAUCCAUGGCGUAGAAUGCCCGGUCACAUCCGGGAAUUUAACAGGCUAAAGCCGCAUUCGAGCCACGAUUUGGUCUUUAAAAUAUGGCCAGAUAAUAAGACUGACUUGACUUUUAGAGUUUUUUGUCUCUGAUUGUGAGUUACUCGUAACCUAAUCUCAAUGGGUACCACCGGAAUAUUAAUAUCAAAAACAUCAAAUUCGAGAUCUUACCUUCGAUUAAUGCCAGCUUAUCGGAUUUCACAGGGUUUUUCGCGCUAAAAACUAACCAAAAAAUCGCCAUUUUUGUAUGGAUUUUCACUUGCGUAGACUUUCGCCGAAAGAUUGCAACCAAAGUUUGCAGAAAUCGCGAACGGUACCACCUGAUAUCGUGACAUCUCUCGUCUGCCUUUAAAACCACCGCAGUCUUUUAAACCAAAGAAUGCGAUAAAAACUGGGUUUUUUGUUUUCCUUUGAAUUUGACCUAAACCCGUGAGGGGUAGCCAGCGCGAAGAAAAUUUCCAGAAAACGUCUUUGAAAGCCAAAAAAGAUGCUCCCUCGUUUCGGCCGCCAUCUUUUUUAUUUUCUCAAACUUGCUUCCAGUUCUCCUUGACCGUUUUCUUGUUUUUACCUCAUGUAUGCUUCAUUUAGAAGUGUCACGGAUAAAAACAGCAAAAUACUAACCCCCACCCGCACGGGAAAUUUUUUGUUGACCUCAAUGGACCGGGAAUUCUACGCAACGAAGCUAGUAAUAUCUCUCUCUGACAAGAGCUAGUAGCAGCUCCUUUUAUUUUGACUAAACUUGAAGGCUGCCAAUCUUACUCAAACUUUUACAUAAUCUUACAUCAGUAAAAGUUCCAUUGGCUAUUAGAAUUACUAACACAUUUUCCUUUGAGGUUGUCUCGUAAUAGGAAAAUAAGUUAAAACUCCAAAAUUCACUUAUGUCCAACAAAUGUCCAGUCAAACCAAAACAGUCAGAGAGACACAAAAAUUACAAGGAAGGUUUACAUGAAUGAAAAUCACAAAUGUACAAUAUUGUUACUCUAAAAUGUACAAUUUGUCAAUUGGCGUACAGUGCUAAAGUUGUCGUUUAAAAGAUUCUUGUUGGAAUAUCGUACAGUAGUCCCGUCUUUUUCCUUAAAUUAACUCAAAAAUUGUUUACAACUCUCUAGUCAAAAUCAGUUAGCAAGGUAUUUACAUUGCGAAAACCUUUAAACAAAGAUAUCUCUCACUACAACUUUUAGCAGGUAAAUUGAACUAGGCAGUAACAAAAGCUUGUUUAUUACAACUAAUUAACUAAGAUAGUCUGUUGGACAAGGUUUUCUUUGAAAGUGCACUCAAGUGUCGAACAAACCACAAAAACCGCGAAAGAUAGUAAAAAUAGGAAUGUCCAGGAACAGACAACAGAAGGUCAAGUUUCUGAACAUUUUGGAAAAAAAACAAAUUAAACCAAUUAAAGAUAACAAACAACUGUCAUUGAAUUUACCAGAACUAAUUAGAUUAAGAACUUCUGUAUGGGUUCAGUUUAAACAAGAAGCAUCAUUUCUCAAUUGAAUAGCGGCACGUGUACAAAGAGAAACCGACGACCAAAAGAGCAUCUUUACAAAGGAAGGUCAAACCUUAUUAACGAAAAACAAAUAGCUUUUGUAAACCCAGUACAUUCUAGUAAAACGCACUUAUUUAGCAAUUCAAAACACUCUAAUCAAUGAUAAUAAUAAUAAUUAAAAUAUAUUAAAACUAGCAACGACGGUUCACCGAUACAUUACCGAAACACUUCCGUUAUUAUCGUGGACGACUAUUGACCGAUAUGUCGACCGACACUCGCCGAUAUGUCUAGCGACACUCGGCCGAAAGUCGACCUACACUCCACCGACACUCGAUCUGUAUUCGACCUACAGUCGAUCGAUAUUCGAUCGACAGCCGGCCGUUAUAUCGACCGAUAUGUCGACUGACACUCUGCCGAUAGUCGACCAAUAGUCGAUACCAAUAUGUCGGUCGACACCCCCUAUAAGACACAUGAUCCUUUUCAUGUUGGUAUUAACUUAUACCCAAAAAAAUCGUUUUACACGCUUUUCAUGUUUGUUCUUUGUCUCGUUCUUAGAGAUUAAGGAAUGUAUCUGAUUAUCCCUUCACUGCCAUCAUUGCCAGGGAGCUGAACUUACUACCUACACUGUGA